AGUGCAAAAAGAAAGGAAUUCCGAAUCCAAGCUGUCACCGAAAUUCAAAGAUUUUACCCAAAUUGGCCGGAAAAUAGUGAAAAUCCCCCGUCCGACCGUUUCCGAUUGUAGCCCGGAAGGAAGCGCACCCGGUGGAUGUAAAAAUCGCUCCGCGUAAGUGCUUGAAAGCGGGAAAUUUACAAUUAAGUGAAACGCCAAAAACCAAUUACCUGGGAGAGCCUGCCGUGCUGUGCUGCUUGUGUUUUGAAUGACCAGUUGCAUCGGCGGAGGGUACGAUGGCCCCCUAGGUGGAAUGCAUUGCGAUUACUUACCACCGUCGCAGCAGCAACAGCAGCAUCCACAAGUCGGAAGAAGAGGUAUGCCGAAAAAGUCGGAACCGGGUGAAAUUACUGGACCGGGUAGUCGUAGUAAGAAGAUGAACAAAUUGGAAACGGCUGGCGGACCAGUACAACAACAGCAGCAACAUUCAACGGGAGGACCAGGUGGGGACAACGAUUUGAUGAGCAGCUUCGGGCUGAAGGAAGAUAGUUCACCGAUUAUGAAGGGAGGAGCUCCGGGCAUCGGACCAAAAUCUUCAGACUCGUGCAGUAUCAACAGUAGUGUGGCAAACAGUGGACCAGGAAUUGACACGAUGUCGAAAAUGGGUCCCGGUGGUGGUCCGGAUGGUCAUCCGGAGGGUGGCAAAAUGAAUCAAGGAAUUCCGGGAAUGAUGUCGAAUAAACCAUCGAAUAAGCUAGAGUAUACGCAGCAGCAGAGUCAAAUUUUCGUAUUUAGCACGGGGUUGGCGAACAAAGGAGCGGAAGCGGUAAUGAGUGGCCACUUUAAUUCGAUUAUUGCAUAUCAUUGCGCCCAGAUGCAGAAACAGAAUCGACUGGGACCAUGUGGGCCGGAUGAUGGCGUGGGAGGGGCGAUGUCACCAUGGAUGGAUCACGGCCACGGUUCACCUGACCAUCACAUGCGGAUGAAUGCCGGUCCCGGUGGUCCCGGAGGUCCUCCGGAUGGUGUAAAGAAGUCGGCUACUAUUCAUCACACGCCGAAUUCCUGCCUGGAGAAUGACAACUCGGUGCCAAUGUAUGCAAACGAACAUCACAUGGGACGGAUGGGUCCCGGGCCGGAUGGUGGUCCAAUGGGUGGGAAGAAAUCGGCCACAAUUCACCAUACCCCAAAUCAGUGCAUGGAUCAAGACGGAUCGCUUCCAAUGUACCCCAAUGAUGGUCACCAUAUGCGGAUGGCAGGACCGGAUGGAAUGUCCAAGCCUUCGACGAUACAUCAUACUCCAAAUUCUUGUCUAGAUGGGCCUGAUCAAACGGGAGACCAUUCUGGAGGUCCGGGUGGUCAUCAAGGCCCAGUAAUGAAAAUGGAAAAUCCUUCCCCAGGAGGGCCCGGCGGUCCUGGUCCUGGAAGUGGAGGAGGUCAUUCCAGUUCAACUAUCAUAGAUCAGAUGAAUUCCCUGGUGGCUUCCCUACCAUUGAUGAAAGGAGGAAACGUUCUCUCACAAUCGCGAGCUCACCCUCAGCCUUCGCUGCAAGGCGUCAAAGUACCGGAUGAGAACCUCACGCCUCAGCAGCGGCAGCAUCGGGAGCAGCAGUUGGCCACAAUUCGACAGAUGCAGAAAAUGUUCUUCCCUGAGCAGCGAGGAAUGAUGGACCCACAUGGUAUGGGCAUGAGGCCUCAGUUCCGAGGUGGAAUGCCCUGUCCAGACUUUGGAGGUCCACCAAAUCGACCACUGAAUCCGGCUUUCAUGAACACUCCUUUGGGGGCAAAUGGUCCAAUGGGUCCUGAUGGACCUGGGCCCGGUAUGAUCAACGAACAGAUUCCUCCAAUGCAAUACAACAAACCAGGUAUGAUGAAUCCCGGAAUGUACAUGGGUGGUCCGGGUGGUGGGCCGAUGGGCCCAAUGGGUGGCCCUAUGGGUCCAGGAGGUGGCGGUCCUAUGGGGCCUGGAGGUCCCAUGGGCCCAAUGGGUCCUGGUGGCCCAAUGAAUCGUAUGUACAAACAAGACCCAGAUCCCAUAUUCCCUCCGAUGAGUGAAAUGGGAGGAGGGUACAACAACAUGAACAAUCACGGCGGACCAGGGCCUGGUCCAGGAAUGUUUAAUCCUGGAAUGCAACGAAUGGGUGUCCCUGGAGGUCCUGGUCCAGGUGGGCCUGGAGGUCCGAACAUGAUGCCCAAAAUGUCCGACCAAGGUGGACCCCUGCCGCAUUCUCCCCUCGUUGACGAUGUUGACCCUCUGAAAGCCGGAGGACCUCACCAAAUGAUGCUUCCGAAUGCACCUCAGCCUCAACAGCAGCAACAACAGCAACCAGGAACACCGGGAGCGAACGGCCCUGGUGGCAGCAAUGGAACUCCCAACCCGCAAGGUGCUCAAAACUCAACCAAUAAUGGCAAAUCGAAGGAACAGUCCGUUUCGCCGGAACACCAUCAGCAACAGCAGCAGCAAGGUGGGCCUGGUAGCCAGCAAGGACCAUUGACACCUCAGACGCCCCAGGGCGGGCAUUCGACUCCGGGUGGCGCCGGUGGACCCCUAACGCCCCAAACGUCGAUGGCCAACACCUAAGGGUAAGUAAGUUGCAAAUGAAUAAUUUUCUUCUGAAAAUCUGCCUUAUGAGAUAAAACACAAACCCUUCGGGUCGGGUCGGGAAUGGGAGUACGGAA